GUUUAACUGUGACCGCGAUCAUGUCCACGCGCCCGAGACCGAAACCGCGUCGCGCUCAGCCCGUGCCAGCCCUCUCCCCUGAGCCUUCCUCCAGCUUCUCACCGCCACCGCCAACUGUGAGCACCGUCAAUGCUGAAGACGAGGACUCUCUGUUUCUGCGUAAUCGUAACCGCACUGCACAAGCAUGGAAGAAGUUGAAUAAAGUUGCCGAAGCGCAGGAAGCUAAGCAGCAGGUCAUUGAGAUAUCGGAUGACGAUAACGAGGGCGUCAAUGCAACGCCUCGUCGACGGAAGAAACACAACAAGAAGCCAGAGCAUGAUGAAGCCCUGCCGAGCUGGACUAGGAUGCCUGCUAAGGAAAUUACCCUGAUAUCUUCGGACGAGGAUGAAAUACUGGACCUCAUUCAGCCAGCACUCAAAGGAAAGCGCCGUCGUGAGCCGGAGCGCGAUGAGCGCAGGGACGCCAAACGCUCUCGCAGUCGCUCAAAGUCAAUCACACCUCCCCCUGCCGUGCCGGAGCACGCCAGGCAACACGCUCGUGAAGCUAUUCGUCAGAUCAUGGGGUCUGUUCCCCGCCUAGCCGCGCCUAUUGAGAUCGUCGAAGACUCACUCGACAACAUCGAACUCGACCCUGAACUCGCCUCGAUAGCCCAAGAAAUGAAGUCGUCGGCGGCCGAGCGCGCACGAGAAGGUUCCGCCGCACCUGACAUAGGCGGUCCCCCAAUAGUGACUAUCAGGGUUAAAUGGGUUCCACAUCCAAAGAACCCAGUGGCUCGGCAACAGAUCUGGGGUUUCAAAGUCAAGCGCCAUGAUUCAUUCCAUGCGCUGACAGAGGAAGUGGCCGAUUUGGCCGAGGUCAUCACGGACAAUGUCAUAUUGAGCUACGAUGACAAGAGGGUGUUCCCCUCAGCGACACCGCACAGCAUUGGCCUUUGGGCCGAAGCUGAGCUAGAGGUCUGUGACAGAAUUACCUACGAGUACCUUCAAGAGGCCCGGCGCCAGCGAUCUAUGUCCGUUCAGCCACACGACCACUAUCAGACAGGUUCCCCGUCUGGCAAUCGAUCGCCUUCCGUAAUCCUGGAGGAGCUUUCACCUGAGCCCGAGCCCGAAGCUGGCUCGUAUUCGACGGCAGGCGAAGACGAGGAAGACGACAAGUUCCGUUUGACGCUGCGCUCCGGGAAAACGAAGGACAUCACGCUCACGGUCCGUCCUUCAACGACAUGUGAAGCUAUCGUCAAAGGCUUUCUGAAAAAGGCCGGGUUGGCCGACCUAUAUCCCAAUAUCGGCGGUCCUGUUGGGAAGAAAGGGAAAGGGAAGAAUGCAGAGGGUCCUAGGUUGAUGGUAGACGGCGACAAACUGAACCCAUCAUCGGAGAUUGGUGGCGCUGAUCUUGAGGACGGAGACCUCGUGGAGGUCGUUGGAUUGUGAGCGCCAGGUUUCCUCAGCCCUUAUGUUCUGUUCCUUGUCCCCGCUUCCCGGUCUGCCCUUGUGUCUCUGACUCGCACGUCUGUGGGCUUGUUCUAGCUUAUACCCUACUUUAGUCAACUCUAGCGUAUCGUCUAUGGCAACGCCGUGCUUAUUGUUGCUCGACUCCGGUUCUAUAUGCCUUGCGCCUCGUGUCACUAGUGUUCAUGAAGGGUGACGUGAUUGCCUUUCUCUCA